AUGCAGCAGUUAACAGCCCUCGCGCUCUAUGCGGACCCUUAUAUAGCACCAAUGGCCCGAAGGUCACGGCUGCAGAUCCUACAUCUACGAUUUAGUGGACCUAAGCGGAUCUAUCGGGACAUGCGACAAGAGAUCUUAAGUGUGCUACGCAAGAGAAGGGUGCAUCUAAGUCCUAUGGAUAUGAGCAUCGAGCUUUCUCGCCUCUCUUUAGAUACCGGACUAGGCUACUCUCAUAUCCUUAACGACCAAGAUUCCCCACUCUUAGGGUUAUAUGACGCUCGGGAGGAUAUCGAUCAAGGUGCGGUAACUACCGCAAUGGUGACUAAGGCGGAAGAUUUUAUCUUAUUCGCCGAAUGGGCCUUUGGCAGCGAUGGGCUUCCGGAUUUACAAGUCCUUGCGAUUAGAGACUUUUCUCAUAGGGAUCGGUACCACUACUAG